AUGCCGCACUCCUCUGGACGUGUGCGGGAGCUGCUUUGGGAGUGCGAUGCGUUCCCCGUGUACAUGCGACUGCUGCAAGAUGGAUCGUGGUAUGUCGACGUCCUCCAGUGCCUCCUCAAGUGGCGGCGCCUCGACUCCGCGAGGAUGGAUGCCGAGAUGGAGAAGAGUGCCGAGUACCUCGUCGACGUUUUCUCCUUCUGCGGUAAGCCCGGCUUCCAGAAGGCCCUCGAACCCCUCCUCGACAUCGUCCAGGAAUCCGUGCCGGUGAACGUGGCGAUGAGAGAGGGCGGGGUGAUCCCCAAGAUCCUGGUGGGCCUCACGAAGGAGGAGAAGAACCCGCACGCGCAGUGCACGCUCCUCAAAAUUUUGCUGGCCCUCCUGGAGGCCACCCCGAAGGACGCCGUCGACGAGAUCGUCCACCAACAUCAGCUGGUGCCCGUGAUCCGCCAGAUCCACGCCACCACCACCAAACUCCUUGUAAAGAACAUCGCCCAGCGGCUCCUGGCCAUGAAGGCCUUCCAGGAAAACGCCGGCCAUUCGUGCCAACACAACCUCGGCAAAAUGGCGGACGAUGACAUGGUAUUGAAUAUUGUGGAUGAGGUGGAUGACUCGGUCAUAAGGAAACGCAAGAGACAGCGGAACUUGAAGCCCUCCCUCCAAAAGCUGGAGGCGCUGCUCAAUGGACGCGACCCCAAGCGCCUCAAGAUCGCGCCCCACCCGCGUGCUGCUCGCAUGGAGCGCGCCGCCGCCCGCUCGUCCGAGCGUGCUGCCUCUGCCACCUCCACCGACCUCCUGCCGCAACUCCUGCUCCCUCUACCAGCUCCAGCACCUCCGACUACACACCUUCGGCUCAGCAGAGGGGAGGCCGCGGUGGCGCUCGCGGUGGUGCCGCCGCAGCCCGGGGCGGGUCUCGAGGGGAGGCCGACCGAGCGCGGCCGCUCCCCGCGAGGAGGUCACCACAGCCCCGCCCGCUCCCUCUUCCACAGCUGCUUCGUCUGCUUCGUCUGCGUCUCCCUCGACACGCUCGGCCGCACCGGCUGCUGCCAGGCCUGCGUCGACUUCGGUUGCGAGAAGAAGAAGCGGCUGCCGCGGCGCGAGCGGUUCGUGAACUACGAGUUCAAGGAGAGCGACAUCUUCUCCGCGGACUCCUUCGCCGAGAUGGGUCUCGUCGACCGGCUCGUUACGCACAUGAAGGAGAAGAUGAACCUCGACAAGCCCACCCACAUCCAAAGGGCCGCUGUGCCGCACCUGCUGGCGGGCAAGGACGUGCUGAUCAAGGCAGAGACGGGAAGCGGCAAGACGCUGGCAUACCUGUUGCCCAUUGUGCACAUGCUCCAGGCCCUUCCCAACAAGGUGCAACGCACCGACGGAGCCUACGCAAUUGUGGUGGCGCCCACGCGUGAGCUUUCGCUGCAGAUCUACGACGUGCUGCACAAGCUGGUGCAGUCCUAUCCGUGGAUCGUGCCGGGCCUGGUGAUGGGCGGCGAGAAGAAGAAGUCCGAGAAGGCCCGCCUACGCAAGGGGGUGACGAUCGUUGUGGCGACUCCCGGCCGCCUGUUGGACCAUUUGCAGAACACGGCGGCGUUCAAGGUGGACAACCUGAAGUACCUGGUGAUGGACGAGGCCGACCGACUGCUGGACAUGGGCUUCGAGCGCGACGUGACGCAGAUCGUCAAGACGCUCGACGAGAAGGUGCGCGAGAAGGCCGAGCUCGCCGCCCUCGCCGCCGAAGCCACCGCCCCGGAGGGCAGCAAGCCCAAGCCCAAAAAGGCCGCCGCCGACAAGGCCGAGGAGGCCGCCAAGCCGCGCCGGCAGACGGCCCUCAUCUCGGCCACCCUCAACUCGGAGAUCAAGCGGCUCAUGGGCACCGUCAUGCGAAGCGAGCCCGUCUACGUAUCCGUCACCAAGGUCCGCGAGCAAGCGGCCGCCGCCCAGCCUUCCACUGCGCCGUCGAAGACGUCGGACGUCAAUGCGGCGAGCGCCCCCAGCAGCGCGCCGGUGGUGGCCACGGCCACCAAGGACAAGGAGGAGGUGAGCAUCGACCAGAAGGACGACGCGAUCUCCACGCCCCGCGGCCUCGACCAGAGCUACGCCGUCGUGCCCUGCAAGAAGCGGCUCGUCACCCUCGCCGCCUUCCUCCAGUGGCAGGCCAAGACCAAGAAGGACUGUAAGCUGAUCGUGUUCACGUCGAGCAUUGCGUCGGUGGAGUUCUACUACACGCUCUUCGGCCGCACGCUGCUCCCGGACUACGCCAAGGGCGGCAAGAACGGCCCGCAACAUCCCCAGGCGGGCGACGACGACGACGACGACAACAAGCAGUCGCCAGAUUACCGCACGAGGUCUCAGCCGCUGUUGUCGAUUCCAUUGUUCAAGCUCCACGGCGACCUGCCCCAGGUCGACCGAACCAAGGUCUACUUUGCCUUCUGCAAGGCCGAAAGGGGCAUUCUCUUCUGCACCGACGUCGUCGCGCGCGGUCUCGAUCUGCCGGCGGUGAACUGGAUCGUGCAGUACGAUCCGCCGGCCGAAUCCACCGAAUACAUCCACCGCGUGGGCCGAACGGCUCGGCUGGGCCAUUCUGGGCGGGCUCUCAUUUUCCUUCUGCCCACGGAGGAGCCCUACGCGGAUCACCUGCAAACGCAGUACCAGUUGGCGCUGCACAAGGUGUCCACGGCCUCGAUAUUGAAGACGCUGCCGGCUCCGCCCACCAAGACCGACGAUUUUGAGGGCGCCACUCUGCUCCAGACCCACUUCGAGUGGAUGCUCAAGCACGACAGGGAGGGCGAUCUCCACGGCCUGGCCGCGAGUGCAUACGGGUCGUUCGUGCGAGCCUAUGCCACGCACAGCGCCGCGACCAAGCACAUCUUCCACAUCAAGAACCUCCACUUGGGCCACGUCGCCAAGAGCUUUGCCCUGGCCGAGCCGCCUUCCAAGCUGUACGGCAAGAAGGGCAAGAAGGCAUUGAAGGACGCGUCCAAGGUGGCUGGCGACAAGCGAAAGGACUCAAGGAAGGGCAAGGGCAAGGACGAAGAGAGUGGCGAGAAGCGGCCCAAGCGCACGACCGUGCCCUCAAAGCGCAAGCUGCUCCAAAUGUCCGAAUUCGCUGCCUUCUAG